CCCCUUGGCUGGAAUUCUGGGGGUGUGGUCUAUGCACAAGGACCCAUCUAAAAGCUCACUUAUCUGAAGACCCCUCCUGUCACCCUAAACGCGGAGAGAACCUGAAACUCCAGCUCUUCUGAAAUCAGCACAGCCCAGUGCUUGGUGGCCCUGAGAGCUAGGCUGGCUUGGGAAAAAGAGCAUGGGACCAUUGUUGGGGGGAACGCAGGUGCUGGACGCCUAGAGUGGGAAGUGGCGGGAACAGAAGGUGGCGCCGCCUGUCAGGGCCGUCCCCAAAUCGGCAGGACUGCGGAUCGCUUCCCGACGCAGUUCCACUCACACUGGCCUCACUUGGCCGCUCCCUUAGCAGUCAGCUCAGAUCGGAGGAGACGCCCACGCACUCCCUGCCUCCGCAAUCCCAGCCCAAGGGUGCUUGGGGUGGGGUGGAGGCCCGGUCCCCUAGACUUCCCCAAUCAGACUUCACUCCCACGGCCCGACGUCCAGCGCUGGGGGCGCGCGAGGGUUAACCCCGCGGGGGUGGGGACUCUGGAGCGGUCUGCAGAGGGAGGGAGGGAGGGAGCGGGCAGGAGGCGUUUGGAGGCGUGGGGAGCCGGCCGGGGUCGAGCCUCCGAGGAGGCCGCUGGAACCUCGCGGCAGCCAGUGCCGCAUCCGCCGCGCGCAGCGAGGGGACACCGCAUACCCCCUGCCCCAAACUUCAAGUCCGGAGCAGGGGCGAGACGCUGGGCAUCAAGACGGGUGGCAGCCUGUCAGGACGCUGCCCCCUUCCCCGGAGACCGCCACCUCCACCCCGCCUCUGCUGAGUCUCAGCCCCGAUUGCCUUUGGCCGGGGAUGAAGCCCGGAGGCGGUGGCCCCACGGCGGCCCCGGAGUCCGACCUGGCGGACAGGCCGCUGGUUCUGCCGCGGCCCUGGGCCUGUCCGGCUGACGUACGGCUCUGCGGCCACCUGCGGAAGCAGAAGUCGCAGCGCCGCCGCUUCUUCGUGCUCCGCGCCGACCCGCCGCGCCUCGAGUGCUACGAGAGCGAGAAGAAGUUCCGCGCGGGCCGAGCGCCGCCCAAGCUCAGCGUGAGCCUGGCGGGCGCGUGCACCAUCAGCAAGCGCGUGGACGCGCGCCAGCGCCACCUGAUCGUCCUCUACACGCGCGACCGCAGCCUGGGCGUGGCGGCGGCCUGCGAGGCGGAGCAGCAGGCGUGGUACAGCGCCCUGCUGGAGGCGCGCGCGGCCGCGGGUCCCAGCCUCCACGAGGACCCCGGCGCCUGGAUUCUCGCUCCGUUUCAGGACGUCUGGCCCGUGACGCUGCGGCCCAAGGGACUGGGGCGAACACAAGGCCUGGGCAGCGGCCGCUACCGCCUGUGCCUGGGUUCGGGGGUGCUGAGCCUGCUGCGGAAGCCCAAAGGCAGAGGCUCUGGGGACACCCAGGCUUCGCCUCCGCCGCCCGCCCUGCGCCUGUCCCUGCUCAGUGUGCGCCGCUGCGGCCACGCAGACUCCUUCUUCUUCCUGGAGCUCGGCCGCUCGGCGCCCACGGGUCCCGGGGAGCUGUGGCUACAGGCGCCCGACGCCCUGGUGGCCCAAAGCAUUCAUGAGACUGUACUGGCCGCCAUGAAGCGACUCGGGGAGGGCGGUGCCACUGGCAGGGCUGAGCCACUGCCAAGGGAUCCCCCGACUGGCGCUUACAGACCCUCUGCCUCCCAAUCUUCUCCGACCCUGGCCUCGACAGCCCAGUCAAGUGGCGGGAGCCCUCGCGGGGGCCUCGGGGAGAGAAACAGGAAAACCCUCCAGAUGCUGGCAAAGGCAGCCUCGCACCCCAAGGACUUGGAGCUGGGAGGGGGCUACGUAGCCAUGGGAGCCGGGAGCAACUAUGAGCCCAUGGGGGGUGGCGAAACGGGUGGCUACAUGGUGAUGGCACCCCCUGGCCUUGCGGCCUCUGCCCACGCAACUCCCCACAACCAACUCCAAGUUUGCCAGGGCACUGAAUACGUUCCCAUGAGCCGCUUUCUGCCAGGGUCCUUGUUCUCCAGCUCCCUGCCCGGCUCCUAUGAGCUCGGAGCUGGGGAGUCUGGACCUUCCUUUCAAGGACCCCGUCGCAGCCUGGGGGAAUGUUGGGGACCAGCAGGGGCGCAUCCCUCCUUGCAGCCGCCCUCAGAGCUAGCAGGGGAGUACGUGUGCAUCAAGUACGUGGCCCCUGACUACUUAGGAAUGGGCACUGCCACACAAGAACCCCCCAACGGCCGCCUCAAUUACGCUGACCUGGACCUGAUCCCUUCACUGGAGGUUCGAGGUGACAGCAGGAACCCACAACACAGCUAUGCCCGCAUCGAGUUCCAGAACCUCAGGGAGGCUCCGGUGAGAUGUGGGCAGCUCCGCCCUGUCUAGCUGAGGGAUGGAUGGGGAGGAAGAGAGAGAACAGAGCCAAGUUAUGAAUGCCUUCCUGCCUGCUCCCCUCAACCCCCCUCAAACUGUUCCCAAAACAGAGGGGCUCUCAGGCCCCCUAGGACCUGCUCUCAGGUCAGCCCUGGCCCCCAACCCUGCCCCCAAUGACUGGUCCCUCAAGGACCUGCUCCUCCCCACCCCGCACCUGCAGGGCCUGCCUAGUAUCUCCUUGCAGCCAAAGAACUAGUCCCGGCCCCAGGGCCCCAGAGCAGGAGGUACUGAAGCACCAGGUAUCUUAUCUCUACUGCUUCCUGAAAGUGCUGUGCCACUCCCUUCCUCCCUAAUUUCCCUCUUCCAGUGACAACACAAUCACAAUACAACUCAAGUGUUCACACAAUCCUCCCUUCUCUGGAGCCUAGUGGACCUGAGAACCUUCUUGCUUCCGUGUCCUUGUCUUCUGUAUACUGUACUGUGGACCCCGACACCCUAUGCCCUACACCCUAUUAAAGUGGUCCUGCUUGGUCAGCCUCGAAAGGCCUUAGAUCUACAGAUUCCCCUGCCCCCUUGCAGGGGUGACCGAUGAGUAACGAGAGUU